GCGCAUUUGAAGUUUGUUUUUUUGUGUCUGACCAGUAAUCUUCAGUCGAGCAAAUUUCGGGCAACCAUACAAAUCUCGUGUUGCCUGCCUGGUGAUUGUCGCCGCGCAAGAAAGGGCAGUGCUGGACGGCACCUCAUGGAGCUGCAGCGUCUUGCCUCCGUCAGUGGCUGCGAGGUGCCAGGUGUGCUUUUUGCGGGGCAACCGCCCAGCCUUUGUCGAUCAGGUCUGGAGCUUAUCACCCCUCUAGCGUCACAGCAUCCCAACAUCAGCCAAUCGUUACCGCAUUAA